AUGAGUGGAUCUGGAAAAGGUCUUCUUGGUUUGUGGUUAUACAGAAAUGGAUCUGAUUGGCAAGUCAAGAAUGAGGCUCCUCAUCAUCCAAAACUUGCUGAUCUUCAAUCUACAACUCAGAAACAAGCGCAAGAUGAGAUCAUAUCUGUAAUAUUUACCGUAAAAAACCAAGUAGGAGGGUUGGUAAAAGUUUUGUCAGUUUUUCAAGAUCUCGGAGUUAAUGUUAUUCAUAUAGAAUCGAGGAAAUCAGCGACGGAAUUAUCUUCCUCCGAUAUCCUGGUAGAUGUAGAGUGUGACCCGCGGAGAAUGGAACAGCUUAAGCGAAUGUUGAAGCGUGAAGUGCAAGAUUUUGAGGUGGUUGCUGCACAGUGUGACGAAAAAUUUCCACCACCAACACCACUGUCUGCUGCAGCCAGCUUCGAUUUUGGGGAGAUGCCAUGGUUUCCAAGAAAAAUCUCUGACUUGGAUCGCGCUCAAAAUGUUCUUAUGUAUGGGUCUGAGCUCGACGCUGAUCAUCCUGGAUUUAAGGAUCCAGUUUACCGUAAGCGACGAGAACAAUUUGCUGCAAUUGCCAACAAUUAUAAAUACGGACAGCCAAUUCCCAAAGUGCAAUAUACUGAUGUUGAGAUUAAAACCUGGGGAGUUGUAUUUAGCGAAUUGCAUAAGUUGUAUCAGAAACAUGCGUGCGCAGAAUAUUUAGAAAAUUGGCCUCAACUCGUCAAAUACUGUGGUUACCGAGAAGACAACUUGCCCCAGUUGGAGGACGUUAGUUCCUUUCUCAAACGAAAGACUGGCUUCCAACUGCGUCCUGUGGCUGGUUAUUUAUCACCGCGAGAUUUUCUCUCCGGACUUGCUUUCAGAGUUUUUCAUUGUACUCAGUACAUACGUCAUUCUUCAGACCCAUUUUAUACUCCCGAGCCUGAUUGCUGUCAUGAGUUGCUCGGACACAUGCCGCUACUGGCAAAUCCAUCAUUUGCGCAGUUCUCCCAGGAACUGGGUCUGGCUUCGCUUGGAGCAUCUGAUGAAGAUAUUGAUAAAUUGGCAACGCUCUACUUUUUUACCGUUGAGUUCGGUUUAUGUCGUCAAUUGGAUGGUAGUUAUCGAGUAUAUGGUGCGGGGCUACUUUCCUCCGUUGCCGAACUACAGCAUGCCCUGUCAACCCCGGAAAAGAUUAAACGAUUUGAUCCAGAUAUAACAGUCAAUGAAGAAUGUAUUAUUACUUCAUACCAAAAUGCAUACUAUUAUACUGAUUCAUUUGAGGAAGCCAAGGAAAAAAUGAGGGCAUUUGCGGAUAGUAUCCAGCGCCCCUUUGGUGUGCGUUACAAUCCAUACACUCAAAGCGUAGAGGUAUUGAGCAAUGCUCAGAAAAUAACAGCAUUAGUACGGGAGCUAAGAGGUGACAUCUGUAUUGUAUCAUCUGCUAUAAAGAAAAUAAGUGCCCAAGACUCAACACUUGAUGUUGAAACUAUCGCUAACAUGCUGCAUACUGGACUACAGGUAAAUGAAAGAAGUCCACAAAGCUUAUCCGGAGGAAGUUCGCCCAAUUCAGAACGCGGGCUAUCACCCAAACCAGAAGAAACGUCAUAA